AUGGACAAGUUUCAGGACCCACGAACGAUCUACAGACCUUCGGACAUCAUUAAUGAUAUCUGUCCAGAAUACGAGGUUGGUCAUGAGUUAUCAGAAGGCUUGGAAAGCCAAAGAAUGCACAUUGGACGACUUAAUGGGUUCGGUCAAGGAGAGUAUUGCUAUAAAAUAGGUAAAACUAAUACUGGAUUGGCUUUUUUUAUUGAGAGGAACGAUGAGAAUCGCUUCAAGUAUUUCUUCAUGACUCUUAGACAAUGCGUUCGAGGAUUUCGAAAUGCGAUGCGACCUCUAAUUUUAGUCGACGGUACAACCCUUAAGACUAAAUACAAGGGCAAGUUGAUUAUUGCAACACGUCAAGAUACCAACAUUCAAAUUUACCCUCUUGCAUUCGGCAUAGUCGAUGGAGAGAAUGACCGAGCGAUGCAUUGGUUCUUCACGAAGUUGAAGGAAAUAAUUGGGGACAUCAAGAACCUUGCAUUCGUAACCGAUCGAGAGCAGUCAAUAAUAAAUGGUAUCACCGAAGUCUUCUCUGAGGCACAUCAUGAUUAUUGUAUGUACCAUAUACGGGGAAACCUGAAGACCAGGAUGUCGAUACAACAUGAUGAGUCGAACAAUGCGGAGUCACUCAAUACUUUAUUCAAGAAGAAUCGGGAGUUACCAAUUUUCGCGAUGAUUGAGAACAUUCGUGACAAGCUUCAACAGUGA